AAUUGAAAAGCAGAGCGGCUGGAAUCAGGAAAAAUCCCUGAGUACCCUCCUCGCGCUAUGACAACCGGCUGGGAACCUACAGUGAAGAAAACGAGAGAGAGAGAAAACGACAUUGCUAUAUUUAUCUGGGGAGGAAAAUGGGGAAUGAGCAGAUUAUUUUUCUUCCAUCUCAUGUUGCUUACUGGAAAGGCAGCAAGUUUAUUAAAAAAUCAGUUACCAUCUAUAGUCAGCCAUGUGUUCGAAGGCUUCCCUUUCCGGGCUCUAGUGCAAUGGAUAUGGAUGAAGAAGAAGAAGAAGACGACAGAAAACAAAGAUUUGGGCGCAGUGGAUCUGAUUCAGUGAAUAAUAUUCAUUAAUAUCAUGAAACCAAAGAUCAGAUUGUCCAGGCAUUUACGAGCACAAUGAGCAAACAAAAACAGAGUGAGUAGGUUUACUUCACUUGAGAGUCUUUGAUGAAGUACGUACAGAGGACAGGGCAGGACAAGACAGGCAUUCCCUGUCAAUCUUCCCAGCCAGAAAAGGAAAAGAAGGAAGAGAGGAAGCAUGGGUUGAGAAAACUACAGUGUGAUGGGUUUAAGAGAGAGAGAGAGAGAGAUGAAGAUAACGGCGUUGCUGGUGUUGAAAUGCAACCCGGACGGGUCCGAUCCGGUCAUACUGGCAAACGCAUCGGACGUGACCCGUUUCGGCUACUUCCAGAGACCCAGCGUCAGGGAAUUCAUCGUCUUCGUCGGUCGGACCGUCGCCAAGCGGACCCCGCCCGGCCAACGCCAGUCCGUCCAGCACGAAGAAUACAAAGUACAUUCAUACAAUAGAAAUGGCCUUUGUGCAGUGGCCUUCAUGGAUGACAACUAUCCAGUUCGAAGUGCAUUUUCUGUGCUUAACCAGGUGCUAGAUGAGCACCAGAAGAACUUUGGUGAUGCAUGGAGAACCAUGCAAGCAGAUGGCACUCAGCCAUGGCCCUAUUUGAAUGAAGCUCUAACCAAAUUUCAGGACCCUGCCGAAGCUGACAAGUUGAUGAAAAUUCAGAGGGAAUUGGAUGAAACGAAAAUUAUUCUUCAUAAGACUAUUGAUAGUGUGCUUGCGCGAGGUGAAAAGCUGGAUAGUUUAGUUGAGAAGAGUUCAGAUCUCAGCGCGGCUUCACAGAUGUUCUACAAGCAAGCGAAGAAAACAAAUCAGUGUUGUACAAUAUUGUGAGCUACUGAACCAAUGCUAUCCCAUGCUGGCAUCUACUUCUUCUGGAGUUAGAAUAUGAUGGAUCACAGAAUUCUAAUUACUGUUUAUAACGUACAUGAUUUGUUUGCUUCACAGAAUUCAGUAGUUCUUUCCCUUUUUGUCUGUCUUCAGACUAAGAAAUUGAAACUGAUAUUAUCAAAGCUUUUCACAUGCCUA